AUGCCUCCUACAUACUUCCCUUUGAGAUGGGAGAGUACUGGAGAUCAAUGGUGGUUUGCAUCUCCCAUUGAUUGGGCAGCUGCCAAUGGGCAUUAUGAUUUAGUCAGGGAGCUUCUUCACCUUGACACAAAUCUUCUCAUUAAACUCAGCUCUUUACGCAGAAUUCGUCGUCUUGAAUCCGUGUGGGACAAUGAAGAACAGUUUAAUGAUGCUGCUAAAUACCGGUCCCGAGUCGCGCAGCAGCUCCUCCAAGAAUGUGAAACCAAGAAAGGACAUAAUUCUCUAAUCAGGGCUGGGUAUGGGGGUUGGCUUUUAUACACUGCUGCAUCAGCAGGGGAUGUGAUAUUUGUUAAAGAAUUGUUGGAUAAAGACCCCCUUUUAGUAUUUGGAGAAGGGGAAUAUGGUGUUACGGAUAUAUUUUACGCGGCUGCUAGAAGCAAGAAUUCUGAGGUUUUUAGGCUGGUGUUCGAUCAUGCCAUAUUGAGAACUUAUUCCUGGACCACUAAAGGGGAAAACGAGGAAGUUUCUUCGGCUUUUAAGAGCGAAAUGGUUAAUAGAGCUGUCCAUGCUGCAGCUAGAGGAGGAAAUAUAGAGAUCUUGAGAGAAUUUUGUAAGGAUGAAUCUGAUGUUUUGGCUUACAGAGAUGCCCAAGGAUCCUUAGUAUUACAUACAGCUUCUGGUAGAGGGCAGGUCGAGGUAGUUAAAAAUUUAUUAUCGUCCUUUAACAUCAUCAACGCCACAGACAAUCAGGGUAAUACAGCAUUAAUUGUGGCUGCUUACCGGGGUCAUGUAGACGUAGUAAAGAUCCUUAUAUGUGCAUCUCCUUCACGCACAUCCCUAACAAACAACUAUGGAGAUACUUUUUUGCACAUGGCAGUGGCUGGCUUCCGAACCCCUGGAUUCCAAAGAUUGGACCGACAGAUGGAGCUCAUGAAGCAGUUGGUUGGUGGAAAAAUUGUUAAUAUGGAAGACAUUAUCAAUGUUAAGAACAAUGAUGGUAGAACUGCCCUUCACAUGGCCGUAAUUGAGAACAUUCAAUCUGACGUUGUGGAACUUCUCAUGUCGGUGCGUUAUAUAAAUUUAAAUAUUCGUGAUGAGGAUGGAAAUACUCCUCUCGAUCUCCUCAAGCAAAGACCGAAAUCGGCUUCUUCUGAGAUUUUAAUUAAGCGGCUGAUAUCAGCUGGAGGAAUCUCAAAUUGUCAAGAUCAAAUGACUAGAAGUGUUCUUGCUUCCCAUCUGAGGAUGCAGGGGAUUGGAGGCAGUCCAGGAACUUCUUUCAGAAUCCCAGAUACCGAAAUAUUUUUGUAUUCUGGAAUUGGAAAUGCAUCUGAUGUUAGUUGUGAAUUAACAAGCGGGUACGCUUCAUGUUCAGGUGAACUGAAUCGCUUAGAUUCGCCUGCUGGGUCGAGCUCAACUAAUAAGAAGAAAUCAGAUUCUGUUAAUAACGCUGCUAGGCUUCUCAAGAUUCUUCUUCGUUGGGCAGGGAAGAAAAAGAGAAAAGAAGAAAUCACCGAGUUGGAAGACAAUAAUUCUGUAGAAUCGCUCAGAAUCUGUUCGAGUUUCAAAAACAGCCCAAUUCCACUUAGGCAACAGUUUUCAAGAAUAUCCUCCCUGCCAAACAACAAGAGACUUGCUACAAGGAGUAACCUUCCGAGUCCAUCCACAAAACAGAAAUUUGCUGCAGAGUUAUCACACGGUGUUGUGCAAAUGAUGCCACGCUCAUGCUUUGGAUCACCUUCAACUCCUUUUACCGAAUCAUCUUGGUCAUCUGCUGUAUCUGCUGAUAAAGAGAAGGGUGUGGAUCUCGACAGUGCUGUUGCGGGACCCUCUAGCUUGAAUCAAUCCCCGAAAAUUCAGGAGUCGAAAAUGAAGCACAUGCACUCCUCCAACAUGAGGCUGAUGAAUCAAUUCUUCUGUUUUGGUGCUCAAGGCCUUGCUGUGGAUAAUCAAAAUCAUGAAAAGCAAACCUAUGUUCUUCUUUUGCUCAUAAGCUUUGUGAGUAACAUGGAGGAAUACGAUUCUUCUUCUAUGAAUCUGUAUCUUCUCUCCCUCCCUCCGCCUCUUGUAGCAGCUUCGCCCCGACACAACCAUCUCCGUCCCUGUGAAUCCACAGCAGCUUCGAACCACUUGAUUUGUUUAGGAAAGCAUAUGUUCUUUGCAAAGCUAGAUGGACUAGCUGAGGGGUCAGCGGAGAAUUCCAGUCAGAUGGGCAUUUCUAGGUCUAGGGUUGAGCACGCCCACUUUGACACCAUUGUAGAUGGGGAAAAGUUUAUGACUCAGGACAUCGAUGAAAAUGAUUAUAUCGAAAUUGCAGGGCUCAUUCCAGAAUCUGUCAGGGUUCUGAUGCAAAAGGUAGAGCACGAUGAAUUUACGAAGGUUUUGCGAGCAAGUGUUGAAGGUCAGACUGAUGUAGUUACUCCAAAAGUACCAGCAGUUAGUGAGCAACUUUGGGUGGACAAAUAUGCUCCAAGUUCAUUUACAGAGCUUCUUAGUGACGAACAGACAAAUCGUGAGGUCCUUUUGUGGUUGAAACAAUGGGAUUCCUCUGUUUUUGGAUCUGAAAUUAAGAGCACAGGAGAUGAAGUUUUGUCUGCUUUGAGACGACAUUCAUCAGGAGUUCAACAUGUAAAACGUUCUACCAACAGUUCUUUUGCCAGCAAUAGAGAACCCAGAUUUAUUAGAGAAAAUGUAAGAGCUCAUAACAAGAUGGAUGAAGAAAAGAGCGAGUCACCCGGGUUUCAUGAGGCAUGGGACAAGAAGCGCAAGCAAUUUGGUCCACCCGAACAGAAGAUUCUUCUGCUUUGUGGACCCCCUGGGCUUGGGAAGACAACGCUUGCACAUGUAGCAGCCAGGCACUGUGGGUACCGUGUUGUGGAGAUCAAUGCAAGUGAUGACCGGUCAUUAUCAACCAUCGAAACCAAAAUCCUUGAUGUGGUUCAGAUGAACUCCAUCAUUGCUGAUUCAAAGCCCAAGUGUUUGGUUAUUGAUGAAAUAGAUGGGGCCCUUGCUGAUGGAAAGGGUGCUGUCGAGGUCAUUCUUAAAUUGUCUAUUCAUGAUCUCGAUUGA